AUGGGUUCUAAGUUCUGGCUUGUUUCCCUCAUGCUGGCUACGGCCUUGGUUGUUGAGUCGACAACUUUGAUGGAUGAUGCUGAUCUCUGGGGCCUGUCCACUUUAGGCCAUGACAAUAACGGAUUCGAAUUCAGCACUGAGAUGAUGAUGGAUUCUGAGAUCAAUCACAGGUUGCUGGCUCAGAAGACAAGGUACAUUAGCUAUGGAGCCCUAAGGGCUAACUCGGUCCCUUGCAAUCGUCGCGGUAGUUCUUACUACAACUGUAACAAGCGGCAAAGGGCUAAUCCUUACAGACGUGGAUGCAGCACCAUCACAAGGUGCCGUAGGUCUCUCAUUGCUUCUGUAAUUGCAAGUCUCUGUCUCCUCUUCUUCCGAUUCUGA